AUGAUAACUGAGACCCCCUCACAACUGUGCAAGAACUACCCCCAGAACUCGGAGGUCAUCACUAACCGCCAGAUCAACCUGGAACUCUGCGCCUCUUCUGUCUCCCUGUCCAUGUCUUACUACCUUGACUGUGAUGAGGUGGUUUUGAAGCACUUCGCCCAGUAUUUUCUUCACCAAUCUCAUGAGGAGAGGGAACGUGCUGAGAAACCAGUGAAGCUGCAGAACCAACAAGGUGACCAAAUCUUCCUUCGGGAUGUCGAGAAACCUGUCCGUGAUGGCAGGGAGAAUGGGCUGAAGGCAAUGGAGUGUGCAUUACACUUGGGAAAAGUGUGA